GGAGCUUGUGGCGUCAAAGCGCCCGCCGUGUCCAUGGAGAGAGGCUGAAGGUCCCACGCUCCAGCCCGAGGCUGCGGGCGCCGCGACGUGAACAUGUCGGCGUCGUUGGUCCGCGCCACGGUGCGGGCCGUGAGCAAAAGGAAGCUGCAGCCCACGCGGGCGGCGCUCACGCUGACCCCCUCAGCUGUGAACAAGAUAAAGCAGCUUCUUAAAGACAAGCCAGAGCAUGUGGGUCUGAAAGUUGGCGUGCGAACCAGGGGCUGUAAUGGCCUAUCUUAUAGCCUGGAGUAUACAAAGACAAAAGGAGAUUCUGAUGAAGAAGUUAUUCAAGAUGGAGUCAGAGUGUUCAUUGAAAAGAAAGCACAGCUGACACUAUUAGGAACAGAAAUGGACUAUGUGGAGGACAAACUAUCCAGUGAGUUUGUUUUCAAUAACCCCAACAUCAAAGGAACGUGCGGCUGUGGUGAGAGCUUUAACAUUUGAAACCUCAGGACUCCAAGCUCCAGGAGAGCCGGGAUCUGCCUUGGAGCUUACUGAAGAAAUCAUGUGACUGUCACAUGCUCAGAAUUUAUAAUGUGUGGCUGCCUCGUGGGAAAA